AACGAAAGGCAGCAUUAGAAGGAGCAGUGCAUGCUGAGUAACAGCUUAAGCAAUUCAGCAAAAGAUGGAGUUUGCCUGUAGUCACAUUGUUUGUAACUGGAGGCCUGACAGUCUAGCAGAAGAAUUACCCUCCAUGCCCUGUGGUUUGUCCAGACAAAAAUCAGAACAUCCCUAUGACAACCGCAUUGCUGUUAUUCCACAGUCCAUACCUCCUUUAACACCACCACCUGUACCACCACGUCGUUUAAAACAGAGACAAACGCGACCCACCUCAAUGCCCCCUCCAGUUCCCCCUCGAGGGCCGGAGGGUAAAGAACAGACUUGUAUUAAAGCCAAUGUCAAUGUAGUGUCACUGAAAAUAGGAGCUCUUGUGGAUAUAAGCAAAGGAUCCAGUGUACAGAGCAUCCAGAAAUUAGUGCGCUGUGGGAAGUGUAAGGCAGUCAUGUCCUCUGUCAGCAACUCACAAAUCAACUCAAAUACAACAACAUGGUGCUGUGAAUUCUGUGAUAACCAGAAUGUCCUCACUCAGAAUGAGUUAAAAAUGGGGCGAUUUCCUCUCUGGAGUCCUCCAGGUAGAGACAUGCUCUAUGUGGAUGAGGACUUAGAUGCUGACUAUGUGAACCUGGAGGAUAUGCUGGUGGUAUUCUGUGUGGACAUUUCUGGUAGCAUGAGUGUCACCUCAGAGGUGUCUCCUGGCAACAGUAUGAGAUCACCCACAUAUGUAUCACGCUUACAGGGUGUUCAGGAGGCUCUACAGAUGUCUCUGUCCUUCCUUGUGAAAUCCGCCCCUCACCGACGAGUAGCACUGGUUACUUUUAACGAUGAGGUUACAGUGUAUGGGGAUGGAACAGGAGUCCCCCUCUCUCUCCGGGACUGGGCUCUGGUGGAUUAUGACCAUGUAAAAGAGCAGGGAGAAAAGUACUCUACCCCUCACUGCAUUGCUGAAACCUUCCAGUCCCUCACACAAAGAGUUAAAGAAUUAAGAGAACAUGGAGCCACAGCACUGGGCCCUGCAGCACUCAUCUCUGUUGCUAUGGCCUCUCAGUUUUCUGGAUCAAAGGUCAUAAUCUGUACAGAUGGGCAGGCCAACAUAGGUUUGGGACAGUUAGAACAAGACUAUGCAGCCUCACCAUACUUUUACAACCAGUUAGCCAGUCACGCAGCACAGAAAGGUGUGAUCAUAUCAGUGAUGACAUUUGAGGGGGAGAAUUGUCGCCUGGCAGAGGUGGGGAAGCUAGCUGAUCAUACAGGAGGCAGGAUCAACAGAGUUAACAUUGCUACUGUCUCAACAGAAAUUCAAAGUGCUUUAGCUGAUAAUGUUUUGGCAACUAAUGUUGUGGCAUCUCUGCAGGCACCUGAUGGCAUCUAUUACCCUUUUGAGGAGGACAAUAACAAGCUGGUAAGGGAGAUUGGAAAUGUUAUAGAAGGAGUAGAGGUCACUUUUCAGUUCGCUGUCAAACCAGAAAAAGUAGAAAUAUUUCAGAGAAGAGAUAGAGUACCCUUCCAGCUGCAGCUGUCUUUUAAGACUCGAGAUUUAAAGAAUGUGACAAGAAUCAUCACCCAGCAGAAGCGUGUAACCACCAGCAGCUGGGUAUGGGUGGGUAGUCUGAAUAUGGCAGUGCUGGGAGUUCACUGUGCUCAACUGUGUGCCAGACUGACAAUGGAGGGCAGAAUCCUGGAGGCUCAGAGGCAGCUUAAAGCCCAGCAGGACCUGCUUAAAGACAUCAGUGAACAGAAGCCAAGCGCUAAAGAGGAAAGUAUCUAUGGAAACUGGAUUGAUACCAUGAGUAUGAUCUGUGAUGACCUUACUCCAGAUACACAGAAUGAUCGAAAAGACAGUGCCACCCAUUUUGCGAGUCAAGCAUCUGCUAAAGAUUUGUCAGAUGAAGCAGCAAAUGUGGUUUACCAGCUGAAGAGGGCAACAAGUGUGGGGCACAGAAGACACAAAACAGCCAUGUUGGAAAGUUAAGCACAAGCGGAGCAGUAUAGU